AUGGGCUCGCACUACUUCGAUCACUGUCUUCCUGAGCAGCGCUUCACCAUGUCGGGCUGUAUACCCUACUUAAGUGGUGUCCUGUGGUACGUGGAGGAUUGGGAUCAACGGCGGCUCAUCCUGGUGUAUUCGCCCGUCGAGAAAUAUGACGAUGAUUUCAUAUUUAGUGCCCUCGCCAAAUUUGUCGAUGAUCUCCCAGCGGACGCCCUGCGGGUGAGCAUCUCGGAUGACGGCACGUUUUUGUCUAGCAAAUCGGACAUCACGGAAGAUUUUGCGUUCGUCCCUUUCUAUCCAUCACUCGCCGAUUUUCCCACGGGAACCGCUACAGUAAGCCGCGGUGACCUCACCGAGGUGGAUCGUCUUGGGCUUAUGGUAGACCUGACGACCUACCAACCUCGCCCUGGCGUAACUAAGAAGGUCGUUUUCAAGUAUUUCGUGAAUGUUGCGAAUAGGGCCUCCAUCUGGCACGAGACCAACUGUGUUAUGCGAAUACCUAAGCAUCCGAACAUUGUCCCCUUCGAUGCACUCGUUGUCGAUGUAGUUGAGGGCGAUGAUAAAGUCGUUGGUUUUGUUACGCAGUACGUCCCAGGUGGUACACUCGAUGAGAACGACGAUCGCGUCUUCAAGCUGAAAUACCUUAAACAACUUAUUCAGACGGAUAGUAUCCAAGUCUUCGAUUUCAACUCAGCCGCGAAGCUAGGCUGGGGAGGAGACGAGGCGAACGACUUCGUCUUUGGGUACGAUGAAGCUUGCAACGAUGUUAAGUUCGUCGUUUUUACCCUCUACGAGAUCAUUACGCGCGAGUUUAGCUUUCGCAGAGAAUUUUACCCAAACGAGCUAGAUAUGACCAAGGUACUCAUGAAGCGAGAGUGGGAAAAGCACCCAGAUGUGAAGCUGGAUAGCCCCGUAACUGAGUAUCGUCUUAUCCUCGAAGAAUGGGUAAAUCGGAGGAAGACUGUUGACGAGAGGAUCAACCAUUUCACGAAGGCAUCGGAGCCUCUAGAUUGGCCCCCGGUGCCAGGCUUUCCAUCCCAUGACAUAGCCGGUAGGCCUCUCGACUGUGCCUGCCAGCUUCGCUUCCUGUUGGUGAAGGAAGGCCGUGACUUUUUGAAGUGGCAGCGCCCGCCGACCCGAGACCUUCCACUCCCCGAAGGCCGACGACUCCUUGCUACUGGAGAGAUUGUCAGCGAUGACGAUUCUUGA